UCUUGAAUCAUCUUCCGCGUUUCCGGCGACUGUGAUUCAUCUCGUCUAUCCGAGUUAAUACCAAAAAUAAAUAAAAAAAUUGAGCUGAUUUCGAAAAAAUCGACUUAAAACGUAUUCGAGAUGGGUUUGGGUGCUUGUUUGGGCAUCAUCAAGUACCUUUUGGUCAUCGUUAACUUAAUAUUUUGGAUAACUGGUUUAGCAACCGUAGCUCUCGCAGUAUGGAUGCUUGUCGAUCAAACUUUCUACGUUUCAAUGGCCCAAGAUACAAAUAACUACUACAUAUCGACUUAUCUUCUCCUCGCAGCUGGUGUUUUAUUGGUUAUCGUGGCAUUUUUGGGAUGUUGCGGCGCAUUUAGAGAGAAUUCAUGCCUUUUAGUUUCCUUUUUCUGCUUAUUGUUAAUCAUUCUCGUUGCGGAAAUCGCGGCAGUGAUUUGGGCUCAUAUGCAUGGAGAUACCUUAGAGCCUGUUAUUAGAAAUUUCGUAAAAACAACCGUUCGCGAUGAAUACAGAGAUAACGAGAAUCGCCGUGCUACUUUUGAUGCUAUCCAACACAGGUUACAAUGUUGUGGAGCCGAUGGUCCUUCAGAUUGGAUUGCGGACAAAGAGAUAGCAUUCAAACCUAUUUCCGAUGGGACCAAAUACAACAUUCCGAAAAGUUGUUGCCGCGAAAAUGUCGCCGAAGAAAAAUGCGAAAGCUCGCUUCGAGUUGAUGUUGGGGGUAUAAUAGACCCUAACCUCAUUUACCAAGAGGGGUGUAUCACGAAAGUCGCUGCAUACAUCCGGAAUAACAUCAAUAUCUUCGUGGGAAUUGGAUUUGGAAUAAUGUCUGUUGAAGUUUUGGGGCUCGUGUUCUCUUUAAUUUUAACCUUCGCCAUUAAUAAAGGUGGCAGAUACAAGGCUUAAGUUGAACAUUCGAUGAAUCUGAUAAAUUAUUAUUUUGUUAUCGAUUUUUUAAUUUUUAUAUUUCAUAUUUAAUUUUUCUUGUACAUAAAUCGUUUGGAUCUGAGGAAUUGCGAAUAUUUAAAAGUAAAAAAAAAUGGAAUCUAA